UGAAUUUCAAAUAUUUCAAAAUUUUAUUAUGCUUGUAAUUGUGCAAAGUUUAUGCGGGGAAAGAAGAGAAACAAUCUAAAAUUCGUUUUUGGAUUUGGUUUGUAAGAUUCUUUAUGUGAGUUCUCCAGGCACAACACAACCUAAAAUUCCCUAUUUAAGAAGUUCGCUUUUAAAAUACGGAAUAUUAUUUUAGAGGGAGAAUAAGUUCAUCUUACACCGGUUAAAAAUGGAAGCCGAAGACGUCCACGUCAAAAUAUGUUUACAAGAAAUCGUGAAACUUGACCUAGAAGUUCAAGCGUUAAUACAGGAUAUCCGAGAAUACGAGAAUACUAGCUUAUCAAAGAUUACUGGUGAUGGAGACUUUAACUCCAAAAAUCCUACCUUACUUUCUCUGGAGGAACUGAAUUUACUUGCAAAUGAUAAGCUUACCAAGCUGAGAAGUAAAAUCAAAGAGUUAGAGCGACUGGCUCAAGAACAAGAGAUGGAAAAUAACCAAAAUAUGAUUAUGAAGCAAGUUCAAACUCAUCAACAAGCUUUAUUAAGUAGUGUUAACUCUUUACGGAAAGCUAAGCUGACAGCGCAGAUGACUUUAGAUCGUCGUUUAAGAGAAGAAUUCUUUUCAGUUGAAUCUCCCAUAAAACAAAGGAAAGUAAGCAACCACCAAGCAUUAUCUAGAACAGCAAAUAGUAUAACUGAUAAUUUAAUUAGUCUUAACCGCAUGAUGGCCACUCAAGUGAAACAAAGUGAACAGACUAUCAACACAUUAGCUUCUUCUUCCAAGACAGUGGAUGAAACUCAUGAAGAAUUUAAAGGAAUGUCAGGCCAUAUUCACACUUCAAAGAAACUUCUCUCCAAAUAUAACAGAAGGGAAUUUACUGAUCGACUUCUAAUAAUCCUUGCAUUAGUUUUUUUCUUUGCUACUGUGCUAUACAUUGUAAAGAAAAGGUUGUGGUCCAAAUAAAAGUUUUCUAGUUUCUUAUCUA